AAUCAAAAGGCGCCUAAUUUUCUGACGACUGCUUCGUUAGCGCUCUCUGGCUGUUGUUGUUUCGGCGGUGACAUCAAUUUAGAAACCAGCAUAAACCAUGGCAGAAGAUCACGCAGGCAUGGACCAGAGCAUGGCGAGUCAUACAGCUAAGAUCGAGGAUACCGAGAGGUCCAACACCGAGAAGAUGUCUAAACAGAAGGUGGAUCUUCAGUCUCUCCCAACACGGGCAUAUCUGGACCAGACUGUGGUACCGGUCCUUCUACAGGGGCUCUCUGUGCUAGCCAAAGAGAGGCCUCGUAAUCCCAUUGAAUUUCUAGCUGCACAUCUCCUCCAGAACAAGUCUCAAUAUGAGGACCGCAUCUAGACGUCUCUGAAGAAACUACACUGGUCGACUUGUCAUCCGAGACGAGAUGUUUCAUUCUGCAUCCGAAUUGUAAAGUGUUUUUAUUUUAUUAUUAUUACUGUGUACUGAUUUUAUUAUUUUUGUUGAAGAAACUUCUUUUUUUUUUUUGGGUUUCUGUAAUUGACUGUACAUGUUACGGAGCGUGUUCCUUCCCCAUGUGUACCCAUUAAACAUCCGUGACUGAUA